AUGUGGAGAGAUUAUGCAAGAGGGCAUGUAGCCAUAGCAGUGGACAAUAAAGAACCCAGUAAACUUGCUCUCAAUUGGGCCCUCGUGAAUAGAAAUUUUAUAGGUGUUAACCCUGUCAUACUAAUCCAUGUUGUUCGAACCCCACCAACAGGUAUCCAGGCGCAAUCCGAUGAUGAGGUUAUGGAAAUGCUAAUUCCACAUCGUAGCUGUUGUACUGAAAGAAAUGUGCAAUACGAGGUAGUGAUAGUUCGCGACGAGAAUGUGGCAGCUGGAAUCCUUGAAUAUGUGUCCUCUCAAGUGGACAUUAGAGUAUUAGUUCUUGGCUCAUCAACUAAGAGAAGCAGAAAGAGUGCACUUUCCAGGAUAUUCAAGAAAAAGAAGAAUCGAGAGGAUGAUGUUGAGACUACUGUAUUGAAAUGGUUGCCACCUCACUUUCGUGUUCAUGUUAUAUACAAAGGGAAUAUGACCUCUUAUUGGGAUGCCUUAGCGGCUCAAAGAUAUAAGUAUCGACGUCUAUCUCCACUCAACCAUAAUCCACGGGUCCGCAUUAAUAACUACCCAGAAGUUGAGUUGGAUUAUGAAGAAAACAGCAACCCGCCAUUAAGCUCUGGAAAUGAGAGUCCAGACAACAAUGAUUCCAUCUCAUUUUAUGAAAAUUUACAUUCUAGACAAACACUUGGUGGAUCUUCAUCAUCAAAUAAUUUAAACUCGGAUGAUGAUGAGCCCUUGUUCUUACUAGACAAGAUGGAAGAUGAAGUCAUAAGACAAGAAGUAGUAGGGCCUAAGAAAGCAAUAAUGGAGUUUUACCAUGAAGCACAAAUAUCAAAACAAAAGGUUGUCCUGAGAUCUCUCAAUCUUAGCUUUCAAGUUUUCCAUCCUUAA